AUGUAUAAAAGGUCUCUGGAGAGAACCUUCUGCGUAAGUGGCUCCAGUACCAGAUGGCUACAGGAAACCAGAAAUUCAAAUCCACUGGAAUUUUAUGUGCCGUCGUAUGAAUACCUAACGAAGAACCCUAUUCAGUUUGGGCAAGUCCAACCAAACCUAGGCAGCAAUGAUUAUUGCCACUACUCUGUACCUUCACUGUCCACCCACUCCUCCAUUCCUCUGUCAGUCUCUCCUUCUGUUCCUCUACCAUUCCCUCUGGGUCAUGGCACCACCACGCUGGGAUUCCUCUUCCAGGGUGGUGUGAUUGCUGCAGCAGACUCACGAUCCAGCUGUGCAGGCUUGGUAGCACAUCCGGCAUCCCAAAAGAUCAUACCUGUCCAUUCUCACCUGGUGGGGACCACGUCAGGUACCUCGGCCGACUGUGUUCUCUGGAAACGCAUCUUAGCGAGGGAGUUAAGGCUUUACCAGCUUCGAUACAGGCGGAGGCUGUCAACGGCAGGUGCCGCCAAGCUGUUAUCCCACAUGCUACACCCUUUUAAAGGCACUGAACUGUGUGUGGCUGCCACUCUGUGUGGAUGGGAUGGAGGGGAGGAGGAAGAAGAGGGCAAGAAGACGAAACCAUGUACAAGUGACAGGGGGGCCAAGAGGAGACCAGUGGCAGAAAUGGAUGACAAAACUUCUGUAGAUCCCAAAACCAAACCAGUAGCUAUCUCUACUACAACACACUCUGGCCCAAGCCUUGUUUAUGUGUGCAGUGAUGGCCUCCUUUUGAAGGGUGCUCUCUUCUCAGUGGGCUCAGGUUCUCCCUAUGCCUACUCAAUCCUGGAUGAGAGAAUUCACUGGGGGAUAAGUGUUGAUGAAGCUGUCUCUGUAGCCAGAGAAGCCGUCUAUAGGGCCACGCACAGGGACGCAUACUCCGGCAACAACGUAGAUCUAUAUCAUGUCACUGCAAAAGGCUGGACACGCAGGAAGAGGGAGGACCUCAAAGAAGAGUACUACAGAGAGAAGGAGAGAGAGAGGGAAAAAAUGGAAGAGAGGAAGAGGGAGAGAGAGAGGGAAAAGGUCAAGCAAGAGGACCAGCCUGAUUUUAACCAGUAA